AUGGAGGAUAUUCCGAUAGAAUCAAGCGACGAGGAACGGCCGGACCCAACUGAGUGGUAUGAGGAUAAGAAUUUUGGCCAUGGCUGGGAUUGGGGUUGGCAGCAUGGGUGUCAUCCUUCCACGGGCAGUUGGCAGAGAGAGAACUGGCGUUGGGAUGAGGAAUCAGGCGAAUGCUGGGAGUGGAAAGCGGAGGAUUGGACGUGGGAUGAUUGGGAUGAUUGGUACUGGAAGGGCUAUGGCCACAAAGGAUGUGGCAAGGAUGAGAAAGGCCUGAAUGAUGGGGAAGUGAAGGGGAAGGCUGGCAAGGGCAAGGUCUAUGAUGUGCAGGAGUUGAAGGGAAAGGCCAGCAAGGGCAAGGCGCAGGAUCUGUACGAGGUGAAGGGGAAUCCCAGCAAGGGCAAGGCGCAGGAUCUGGGCAAGGUAAAGGGAAAGUCCUCAAAGGCCAAGGUGGUGGAGCCGGAGCCGGAGGAUGACGACGAGGACUUCGAGGUUGAGUCGGAGGAGGAGGAGAAAGGCCCCCCUGCGGGCAUCAAGCGGAAGGUGGCUUCCAUGGACGCGUGGCUAAAGCCACAGGUGAAGGUGAAGGCCUCGUCCUCGUGGUCAAGGCGAACCACGCGGCAUACAGCCGAGAAUGGGAAAUGGUGA